AUGGGCAAGGACAGCAGGAAGAGAAAGGACCCCGAGGAGCUGGGCGACGCUCCGCCGCCCAAGAACCACGCCGAGGACGACGAUGACGAGAGCGACGAGGACAUGGACAUGCUCAACGUCGACUUCGAAUGGUUCGAUCCGUCGCCCGAUGUCGAUUUCCACGGCCUGAAGACGCUGCUGCGCCAGCUCUUCGACGUCGACAACCAGUUGUUCAACCUGUCCGAGCUGGCCGACAUGAUCCUGGCCCAGCCACUACUGGGCUCGACGGUCAAGGUUGACGGCCUCGAGUCGGAUCCGUAUGCUUUCCUCACCGUGCUGAACAUGCACGAGCAUAAGGACAAGCAAGUGAUCAAGGACCUUGCGAAAUACUUCGCCCAGAAAGCCUCCUCUUCGCCGUCCCUCGCCGAGCUUCCCGCCCUCCUCGAUCCCUCCUCUCCCGCUCAAGUCGGCCUCAUCCUCACUGAGCGCUUCAUCAACAUGCCCUCCGAGAUCGUGCCGCCCAUGUACACCAUGCUGCAGGAAGAGAUCCAGUGGGCUCUGGACGAGAAGGAGCCCUACCAGUUCUCGCAUUACCUGAUCGUCUCCAAGACCUAUCUCGAAGUCGAGUCCAAGCUAGACAUGGAGGAGAACCGGCCCAACAAGAAGAAGAGGAAAGACGGCAGCGCUGGUGCCGAGGUCUUCUACUUCCACCCGGAGGACGAGGUGCUGCACAAGCAUGCGCUGGCGCAUUCGACGUACGAGUACACUAAGCAAGGCGAUGAGGGUGCGUCGGACGCAAAGAGAGCUUUCCAGGACGCCGGGAUCAAACCUAUGGGCCACUUGAUGCUGAUCGAAGCGAGCAAAUUCGCGGGCGCUGUGAAGGCCGUGACUGAGUAUAUUGGCGGCCCUGCUGCUCAGGCAUAA